AUGUGGGCCAAGCGGCACCAGUACAGUCUGGACGACCUGGAGCUGUUCGCCAAGGACCUGACUCACCUCAAGCUGCAAGUGGAGCAGUACCGGGCGGCAACACAGGUCUUUCUCGGCGGCGUCAGCUCCUUCAUGCGAGAAGCACAACCGCCAGCGCUGUACGACUACAUAUCGAUGCCUGGCGGUGGUGCCUCUGCCGCCUCCGCCGCUUCAAUUCCCGGCGGUGACGGCACCUCAGGUACCGCGGGUGGCAACGUUGGCGGCGGCGGCACUGGCCAGCAGCAGCAGCUGGCUGCUGUGGAGCCUCCGCCGCCGGCUGCCCACGAGUGGCUGUACGGCAGUGACUUCCACACUGCGCUGUUGGGAUCCCUGGAGUCCCACCUUGCGGCGCGGUUCGAGUCGCUGGUGCUGCCGAUUGCCGUUUGGCUGGGCACGUACGAAGAUGCCCGGCUACGCAUGCAAGCUGUACGACAGCUGGAAGCCAAGGUGCUCCAAGCCGCCCGAAAGCUCCACACAACCACCGCUGCAACCACCACACCUGCGGCUCAGAAGGACGAGACGGGGGGCGAACGCAAGACGGAGGUGGAGGCGGUUUCGGAGCCGACGACGUCCGCCGUGGCGGAGUCCGCUGCUACUGCUGCUGCUGCGGGGCAUGGUGGCGGCGGCGAAUCGGCGGUCGCCCCUCAGGCCGUGGAUGCGGAGGCCGCCGCCGCGGCCUCCCUGGCCGCGGACUUCGAUGCGGCCGAGCACCUGCUUGCCCUGGAGCUGUCCUGGCUUGUACGGGGAGCCCUCAAUCUGCGUGCGUUUCUGGCGGGCUCCCUGGAGUCGGGGGCCUCGGGGGUGGUGGCGGGGGAGGAAACGGCCUUUGUGGGGGUCUUGGAGCCCGUACCGGCGGCCAUCGUGGCAGCCCCCAUGCCCCGCCGUGCUCGGCACAAGACUACUGCGCCAGCGGCUGCGGCUGCGGCGGCGGCGGCGGCGGCCGUACCGCCGGCGAGUACAUCUUCGGUGGCGACACCUCCGGCAGCGCUGGCGACACUGCCCCCGGCGACUGCAGCCCCUCCUACUGCUCCCGCUGCUGUUGCCGCUGGGGAUGGUCGAGGCGCCGAGAUGGUCGAGGGCGCGGCGCCGCCAUCGCUAUCGCUUACCGGCGGCGGCGGAGGCGGGGCCGCCGCCGUCAGCCCAGAUGAGGGAGAGGCGGCGGAGGUGGCUCUCGCCGCCGCGACAUCCGAGCAGCUCGCAUCAGGCCCUGGUACGGGCAAGGCGGCGGACGCUUCGUUGGCGCCAGGUUCCGGAGCCGCAGAGCCGUCGCCGCCGUCGGCACCGUCGCCGCCGCAGCCAGCAGUGGCUCCAUCCGAGCAGCAUGAGCCCGGACCUGCCGACGCCGCGGCCGAGGCGGAGGCCGCUCCGCCGUCUACUGGCGCCGCCGCCCCGAGUGCCGCCAUCGCUAAAUCGCCAUCGCAAGAGGCGGAGGCGGAGCCGGCAUCGCAGGAGUCCCCCGCAGUGACGGCGGCGGGGCCGGCGGAGGCGGCGGCUGUGCCGGCUGCGGCGGAAGAACCGGCAGCUUCGCCUGUGGCGGGUGAGCUGGCAACGGAGGAGGCCGCCGCCACCAGCACCCCCACCACCACCUACGACACCCCCCCGGUGGUGAACUUAGCUCAGGAAUAG